GCUUGUUUUACUUGUUGUCGAAAUUAUCAGCCGUUUGGAUCGACUUUAACAACGCUCUGGGUUAACGGGAAUCACUUGUCAUCAGUUUGGGUCUCCUGCACAACAAAUCGGAUAUACUGAGCGUCCAGGCUAAUCUACUUUCCAAGACCAAAGGUGAAGUGAUUUUGAUUCGACUUUGCUCGGAGCACUGACUGUGGCUCAGUGGACUUGGGGACUUGUGUGUCCCCAUCUGCGGUGUGACAAUGGCCAGUCAUUUCCGGAGUUACAUCUGGGACCCCGUCCUCAUCAUAUCUCAGAUUGUGCUGAUGCAGUGCAUCUAUUACAGCUUCCUGGGGCUAUGGUUGGUCGGUGUGGACAGUUUAGUGCAAGUGAGGCCCAACAGAUCACUUGACCAGAUCUUCAGCUAUGAGGUUCUCGGCUUCUCAACAGUACAAGGCCGCUUGUCAAUGAUGGCAUUCAUUUUAAACUCCCUUACAUGUGCUCUGGGCCUGUGGUUCUUCAUCCGCAGAGGGAAACAAUGUCUGGACUUCACUGUCACGGUUCAUUUCUUCCACAUGAUUGGCUGUUGGAUCUAUAACUCCCACCUGCCCGCUGCCCUGGCCUGGUGGCUGGUGAAUAUGGCCUGCAUAGCCCUCAUGGCAGUCAUCGGAGAAUACCUGUGCAUGCGGACAGAGCUCAGAGCCAUCCCCGUCAACAGUGGACCCAAAUCCAACCUGUAAGGACGUAGGACUGACAGUGCCCCUGCUGUUUCCUCUGAGAAACCCCAGCACAUGCUUUUUGCACAGAGGAUGGCUGCUGAUGAAGCUGUGCCCUGUGUGUGGACACAGUGCUUAGGCCAUCUCUCCAUCUCAGAUUGGAUUUAGCGAUUUUCAUAUCGGACUGGAAACACACAGCCCUUGCGCGUGCGCGUUGUUGUUGUUGUUGUUGUUGUUGUUGUAUUUAUUUUGAAUUCCAGAGCAUAUUUCCGCCCCCUUGGAACUCUAAAACGCUCAAACUGACACUGGGCUCCGUUUUGAAAGAGUUGGUAUUGAGUUAUGAGGCCUUAGACUGGGGUGGUCUCUCAGGACCUGCCCCUGGACCCACCUGUUCAGCAAAAGCUUUUUAUUAUAUUAGUUUGACUGAUGCAAAUGCGCUAGAUCUACAGACUUGGUGCCGUACCCAGGUGGUCACUGCUUACCUGCCUCUUCAUCAUAUUCUGUAGUCACAGGCUUUUCUGUAUGAAUGGACAGAUAUUUUACUGUCUUAAUGAUUCAUUUGGAAAAACAUUUGUGAUACUAGAAAUGAUUCCAUUCCAACAGUAAAAGGCAUUAAACAUUGUAAUUAAGCAGUGUAAUUCCUCAUUUUAAAGAAGACUUCUCAGUUUAUUUUAAAGAUGAGACCCUCGGCAACCUUGAAAGUUGUCGUCGAUAUUGUCAGAUUUAUAGCACAUACAAUAAGCCACUCAUCCCCCGGAAACUACUUUCCAAAACAAUUCAGCAACAGAAUUGCAGUCGCACUCAAAGGAAGCCCAAAAAAAUCUCUAAAAGCAGUUGGUACAGUCGGUCACCAUGUUGCUUUUUGCUUCAGAUGACCUCUGAACGCAACUGGCUUUACCAUCUCCUCUGAGCUGUCAGAAUGUGAAAUAGACCAUUUGUCGUUCAUACUCGUUGUUUCAGUAUUAUGUUGGACUUCUGUUCUGUAGGUGUGGUUUGGCAAAGCCAAGAUGUGAGACAUUCCACCUUCUCAGACAGCAUCUGUGUGUGUGUGUGUGUGUGUGUGUGUGUGUGGUGUGAUUUUUAAAUAAAAGAGAGAUCGCUGUAUUGGCUGCUGUGCACAUGCUCUCUGCUCCUGCUUUUGAGUUGACUUUCUCUUAACACCCAUCUUUAGUGACUGCUUUAAAGUAACCAAAUCAAGUCUCACCAUUUCAAACCAAAAAAAAAAAAAAAAAGAAAAGAAACCCCUUCAACUAGAUUAUUUCAAAUUGUUUGGUGUUAAGAUAUAUUUGGUUACAGUAGAUUUUUACGUUGAAAAGCUCUGACACCUUAGAAAAGGAUCUUAAGAUUGCUGAUGAGGGCAACAGUUAGGUUAAACUGUGCCUGUCGCUCUGUCUGCCUGGGGGGAAGCUCUGAAACACUAAAUAAUUAAUGCUUUACUAAAUGACAGCAACUUUUACAGUUACAGACUGAGCUCUUUUAAACACGCAGCUCGGGGCCUUGAAAACCCAGAGUUCUCCCAAAGAAAGGCUCUUUGCGUUUAUGUCUGACAGUCGAUUGU